ACAAAAGAGAACAAACUUGACUUUAAACCGGCUCUGUAUUUCAGCUCCUGUCUGGAGCCGCUGCCACCAUGGACAAAUCCAUCUGCAAAUUAUUACUGCUAUUAUCCCUGCUAUCUAUUCACACUCUGUGUGUGUAUGGCGAGAAUUUUGAACUGUCGCCCAUCCGACUUGCUCCAAUCCCCUGUAAUGACAAAGCAGUGGAGAAGCUGUCUCGUCUGGCUGUCACUUAUAUCAAUGAGGAUCGCACUGACGGCUACAAGUUUGCCCUCAACCGCAUUGCAAAUGUCCACCUGCACGCUCAGGGCCCAGCAGGCAAUGUCUAUUACCUGGACCUGGAUGUCCUGGAGACCAAGUGUCACAUAGGCAGCCCAAAACCAUGGAAACGCUGUGACGUCAGACCAUUCAUGGAAACACAAAUCUCUGGCAACUGCAAUACCACCAUUCUGCACACACCAGAGGGAUACUCCUAUCUGUACAGCUACGACUGCACACUUGUCCCAGACCCCCCAGAGAAGCUCCAGCAGACCUGUCCCACCUGCCCCCUCCUGCUGCCUGUAGAUAGCCCACAGGCUGUGGACGCUGCUCGGGCCACUCUGCAAUCCUAUAAGAGACAGUCCACAGUGGGUGCAGGGCUGGGAGUGAAGAAGAUCACCCGAGCUUCAGCACAGGUUGUGCCAGUUAAAGCCAGCUUUGUGGAGUACAUAGUCCAAGAGUGUCCAGAGGGAGUGACAGAAAGAGGCACCUGCCAGCGACUAACAAUGGAGUCUGACACAGAGACUGCAGGUUUCUGUGCAGGAUCUGUGCACGGAGACGUCCACCCUGAUGUGCAGGUGUCCUGCGAGAUGUUUAAAAUAAAGAAUGUCGAUAUCCUUAGACCAGUGCAACCUCAAGGUCACGAAAUCUCUCCGGAUCCUGAAAUGCAAACCUUCCCACCUCUGAUCGAAGAUCCAGGAUAUGAUCUGCUGCCUGUUCCCUAUGAUCCCACAAUGCCCCCUGCUGUUGAACCACCACCGUUUGACCCCACACCCAUUCUCCCUGUGCCCUUUGACCCAGUGCCCUAUGAACCUCCUAUUGCCAAUCCCUCUUACCCCUUCCCCUCCUCUUCCAGUGAGUCUGCUGAAGAUUUAGCAAAUCAGCAACAGCAACCACCAGGUGCUGAUCCUCUUGCCUCAUCCUCUGAAGAGAUGGGAGGUCCCGUAGCUAAACGACCACCCUUUAACUUCCGCUAUCAGAGGCGUGACCGCAAGAAAAGGCAGGCCCUGAUGGAGAACACAACCUCUCACAACCCCACCUUCCUUUCUGAUUUCCCCAGUGGGUCUUCUCCUUUCCGCUCCUGUCCUGGUCCUGCUCGAUACACCACAGUUUGACUGGCACUGUCAGUGAAGGGGUGGAGCAGUAAAGUGCUCUGAUAGCUUGUAAUGAUUUGUGCUAAUGAGAGGAAUGCUAUCACUUCUCCCUGGCCCCUCAAAUUACAUGCUGCUACUUUUAUACUACAUCUCAAGUGGCCAAAGCUUAAACCAUAUUUAAAAAUGGCUUUAAAUAUUUGAACAAUUUGAAUAAACCUUGAUUUAAACCCCA